CUACCAUUGGUCUCGGCGCAGAAUUCAACAGCAUGCAAUAACAGUCCAGCACUUUGUUCACGGAGAUACGAUGAGGUCACCUACCUAGGAGCUCACGACUCACCUUUCCUACGCGAUGAGUCGACAAGUUAUUCGGUCUCCGGCAAUCAAUACUACAACAGCACGGUUCAACUAUCCGCCGGGGUGAGACUUCUUACAGCACAGAUUCAUUACCCGCCCGAUUCGACAGAGCUCCAUGUGUGCCACACGUUGUGCCAAUUGUUGGAUGCAGGUACCCUGAGCGGGUGGCUGGGCGAGAUUAAGGCCUGGAUGGAUGAGAAUCUCAACGAGGUCGUUACCAUACUGGUCGUGAACAGCGUGGGCGCUAAUGCGAGUGAAUUGGCCUCUGCUUACGCAGUAUCCGGACUUGCAAGCUAUGCGUACACACCAGCUUCCACGAUCGCGGCGAAUGAAGAGUGGCCGACACUUCAAAAGCUCAUAGAUGAUGGGACACGGGCUGUCAGCUUCGUCGCUUCGUUGGACGACAACACCGCAGCGCCAUAUCUUCUGGAUGAAUUUACCUACAUAUUCGAGAAUGCCUACGAUGUCGUUGGCGCGAGCGACUUCUCCUGCCAGCCUGAUCGACCAAGCAGUCUCGUUGGCGAAGCGUCUUUGGCAAUUUCCCGGAACUAUCUGAGCCUGAUGAAUCAUUUCAAGGGCAAAGAGGUAGCACUUGGCAUUUCAAUCCCGGACGAAGAUGCCGUCAAUGUCACGAAUUCGCCGAGCGGUGGAGCGGGCAAUCUAGGCGAUCACGCGAGGAUGUGCUCGUCGACUUACGGCAGAGCGCCGAACUUCGUCCUCGUCGAUUUCUUCAACGUCGGGCCAGCGGUCCGAGUAGCAGACGCCCUAAACGGAAUCUCGCCCGUGGGACGU